AGGACAUACAGUACCCCACUGGGAAGUCAUUGGGGCGGCAGUCGAUGAUCAGCACAACAUACAGCACAGACACAGCAGAUGCCAUUGUGUCACUGCUCACAGACGCAGCCAGCAACGACCUCGACGAGUGCAAGACAGUCCUGGUGGACGAUUGGGGGGUCAGCGCAACACCCAUGAUACAAGAGCCUAGCAGUGGACUGUUGAACGGCAGUGAUGAGGAGACUAGUGACGCCUUGACCCAAUACACUACACACAAAACACGGAAGAAAUCAGCCCACAGCCUACCACGGUACUCACACUCCCACAAGGACAUGCACAAGGACUCCAUCAGCACCAGCAGCUCCGGAAUCGGUAACCAUGACAACCACAGCUCCGGGAACGAGGGCAAGAUCGGUAUCUACACCCACAAGAAGGGCAGCAAGAACAUAUACACACACACACCCUCACACAGCAGCUCACAGUUACCCUCACCCUCAGACCACCACCUCAGCACAGACACAGAGACGGAUAUGUACCGAAAAGCUAGCACAGGCACUAGCACCGGUGGAACCGGCUUCUUAAGAACACACGGUGCUGCACCCUCACAUGCACUACGGCAUAGCCCUAGCUUUACGUCAGUCACAUCGGUGGGGAAUAUAUCAGAUGCACUUAAUAGCCGCAGGCUGAGGAGCUUACCACCCGCACAUACACCCCCCACUGCCAGGUAG